GUUUAUUAGACACCACGUACUGUUUAUUAUACGGACCCUCUGGCAUUUAUUCAUCUAUUAAUCAUUCUAUUACUGACAAUUGGAUUAUUCUCCGAAGAUGGAUCGUAAAUCCCGGACUUCGCGAUCAGCCACUUUGGAAGAAACCAACGAAGAGCUUAGUCUUUGGAAACAAAUCUGCACAUCACUGGUUAAAUUAGAAGGCAUCCAAAAAGAAACUGAUGUCGUGGUCAACAAUAUCAACAAACUCCAUUUGGCAGUCAAUUUUGAAGAAGGCAUCUCCACCGCUUUGUCACAACGCCUUAAAGAGUAUUAUCGAGGAGGUAUCGACCUGACGUCGAGCGAAGCAAGAACAAUCACAGAUAUCAUUGAAAAAGUGUCAGUACUGAUCGCUUUACGGGAUGCUUCCGAGUAUAACAACGUGAUUGAUCCGAAACGGAAGAAACGAAAAACAGAAGGCACGUCGGUGGCUGCGCGGCAGCCUAAACAGAAAGACAAGAAUGAGGAAUGGAUACUGGCAGUAGUCAUUAGUUAUCAUGCAGAUAAGAAUAAAUACCAAGUAGAAGAUGUAGAUCAAGACGAGUUUGGGCAGAAACAGCGGUACAUGUUGCAACCACGUAACGUGAUUCCUGUGCCGGAUGGGGAUGAAAUGCGUAAUUUUCCGGAAACAAGUGCGGGGCUGGAUGUGCUGGCUUUAUAUCCAGGCACCACAUGUUUUUACAAGGCUACCGUCAUUGCGCCGCCCAGCAAGAACAAAGACAGCGCCUAUCCCGGUAACUACAAAGUACAAUUUGAAGACGAUAACAACGAAGUCAAGCAUGUUAUGCCAGAGCACGUUUUGGAAUUACCGAAGCAAAAAUAACCGUGCAUGCCAUAUUCGCUCAGAAGAUCGUCACUCUUAUCCGAUAAUAUCCUCGUUUUUUCUUGAUUGCGUUUAUUGCGUUUGUAUAUACUUAAAAUUUAUAAACUCUCCUUCUCCGAAAAAUCUCCAUUGUCACCUCUUUUAAGCAAGAGCCCCUGUGC